AUGUCUCCGAUAGUGCCAGGAACACGGCAGCGCCGGGCAAAGAGGAGGCGGGCUCGCCGAACGACCUUCUUGGCGGCAGUCGUGCUUGCCGUUGCCGUGCUCUGCCGACAGCCGGCGGUGGCGGCGGCAGGGGCGGUAGCGGUAGCGACGGCGGAGCGCAAGGACGAUGUCGUCCUGGCGGCAGCAACGCUAGCAGCGUUCCAGGAGAGGAAAGCGGGAGUAGAGGAACGGACGAGCCCCGGCGCCAACAACAUUAAGCUACGGCUGCGAGAAACGCAAAAAACGACCUCCACCCCCGUGCGCCGCGUGCCAACUACCUUGGAGCACCUCGUCGCGGGAACUUUCGGGGGGGUUAGCGGUGCCCUAGUGUCGUACCCUCUCGACACGGUGAGAGUAAGGAUGCAAACGUGCGGGAAAACCUUGGGCGCGGCGCGCACGGCGUCCAUGCUCUUCCAGGAGGCGGGCAUGGCGGGGUUCUACAGGGGUGUCUUGUCCCCGAUGGUUGGGACGGGUAUCAUCAAGGCGGCCGUGUUUGGCGGGUACGGGUUGUGCCAGGCGUUGGUCCGGAGAGGGACGGGUAAAGACAACGAAGAGCUAAACCUUGUGGACCUCGGGGUUGCCGCCAUGGGCUCUGGGCUUGUUGGGUCCUUUGUGGUGACUCCGGUGGAGCGCAUCAAAGUUGUGAUGCAGGCGGCACUGUCAUCGUCCCCCUCUGCCUCGUCUUCUCUAGCGGCAAGAGCGGGAGGGGGGUACGCGAAUGCUUGGGGCUGCGCGAGGGGCCUCGUGGCGGAGCACGGCUUGCGGGGGGGGCUGUACGCGGGGCUGGGCCCGACGCUGCUUCGGGAGGUGCCGGGCUACGCUUUCUACUUUGCAACCUACGAGGCAUGCAAACGGGUCCUGCUUGGUAACGGGUCAGGGGAAGACUCCUCCCGCGGGCCCGUGCUGUUGAAGACGGCCGUGUCUGGGGCUUUGGCCGGGAUCGCUGCCUGGCUGCCGACCUACCCCGCGGACGUGGUGAAGAGCCGUAUGCAGAGCGCUGGGGGCUCCGGCGCGGGCAUGAUCUCUACCGCCUCCGUGAUGUGGAAAACCGAGGGGCUCGCGCCGUUCUACAGGGGGCUGUCGCCGACGAUAGUGCGGGCGAUGGUGAACCACGCCGCGACCUUCCUGGUCUACGAGGCGUCGAUGAGCUUCAUCAUGAGAAGGGGGAGGCGCGGCGAGGUGGCCUCCUCCGGAAGAGAAGGAUCGGAGUUAGAGGGGGGAGAACAGGUAUCGAGGAAGGGCGUGUAUGAUGAGUUAGAGCGAGGAGAUCAGCUGUAAGGGCAGGGUAUGAUGGAGUUAGAGCGAGGAGAACACCUAGGGGAAGGGUGUAAUGAACGGCCUCUGUGCGUGUGUGUUUUUAGGGGAGAUGGGGGGAUGUUU